GCUUUGACGUUUUCAGGACUGUUUUGAAGUCAGUUUCCAUUUCUACUUUUUCCCUGAAACUUUUACCAUAGCUGAUCUGAGAUCAGCCUUCCCGAAACCGCUCUGUGACCGUCCCUUGCACAGCCUCCCGACCGACAACGUGGCAAAACACACAGAGCUUACAAAGUUGCCCUUUCCCCCCAAAAUGAAACAACUAAUACGAGGAUCCAGUUUACCCUGCAGAUAAUGGACAAUGUGAGUGAUUUAAAAAAAAAUAAUCAGCCAGAGGAUGGAUCACAGCUAGAUCAGCAGUCAGGGCGUGCUCCACUGUUUACCUUCAGCUUACUGAGAAAACUGAUUGGAAACACAGUAGACUGACUUGUUAUCAGCUCAUGUGUUUUCCAUGAAUGAUGUGGCAGCCGUGGAUGUACUUUGCCUUUAUCUGACAUGUCUGAGAUGUGGUAAAAGCUAGCCUUGGAGAUGGAUCAACGAAGCCACCAGCUGUCUGAGUCCAGUCGCCGCCCUCACAGAAUAAAAGACAAAGAGCAUUACUCCAGGUUUGCUCAGCAGGAAUGGGACCUGAACUACCCUCCAACGGGCCACAGAGAAAGGGACCAGCACUGGGGUCGUCCUGAUGCCCGUUACAUGACCCAUUUCACCAGCCCACCUGCCAGACCUCAGCUCUUUCCAUACAACUCUCAGGAAUAUGACCAUGGGUAUGGGUGGCAGGAACAUCACAGAUCUCAGUCCAGCAGCAUUGCAUGUUCUGUAAGACCUGCACAAUCUUUUCAAUUAAACCAGCAUGACUAUCCCCCCCACUAUCACUGGGAUUACCGAGACGGCUAUGGCUAUCAUGGCUACUACAGAGGACAGCGUGCACAGCAAGGUAUCGUGACACAAGAUGGUGUACGGUGGGAUCCCCAAGAAUCGUGGAAAACCAAUCAGUAUCCUGAAAGGACACACGUGAAGGGACAUGGAGCAAGCCUUAAUCCAGAGGACCACAGGUAUGACCAGAAGAGGGACAGCUCCCAGUGUUACCUCAGCAAUUAUGAAGUUAAUGCUUCCAGAGAAAAUGAGGAGAUGUCCUCCUAUUACCUCCAUACACUAGAGAGUUCCAAAACCUCAGGACUGUCUUCCAGCAGCUAUGAGCUGAGUCAGUACAUGAACGAAUCUGAUCUCUCUGAUCGGGACAUGCCGCCUGUUUUCACUUCUAACGGAGAACAUGCACCCGUGCUUCAGAACACAGUUCCUCUGAAGUAUUCAAUCCCUCAUGUGGUGGUGAGUUUUGGGCCUGCGGGCCAACUCAUACGGGUCACUCCGGCCCUGUCACCCCAGGAGAAAUUGAGUCAGCUGGAAGUCCACAGUUUAGAAGUUAUACUGAGUGAGACGCAGGAACAGCAGGAAAUGAGAAACUUUCCAGGACCUUUGACUCGGAAUGAUUUGCAUAAAGUAGAUGCCAUAGACUUUGCUCAUCAAAAGGCAGGGGCCUGCAUGAGAGAGAGCAAGCAGUCUGAUAGGAGCUCUGCUGCCCUCUUGUGGAACCUACUGAUACUUAUCUGUAGACAGAAUGGACAAAUAGUCGGCUCAGAUAUUGCUGAGCUCCUGAUGCAGGAUUCCCAUUCAGAUGGAAGCUGGAAACCGGAUGUUCCCACACUCAUUGAUUUCGAUGAGCACCCAGCAGUCGAAACACCACCUUCUAAAGGAGACGAUCUGCUCACAGGAGAUCCCAGCAGUUUCAGAGAGAGCCCAGAAAAGGCCCUGCAGAACUACACUCAGCUACUGCUGGCUGGAAGGAAGAAGGAGGCUCUGGAGUCUGCCAUGACCAGUGGGCUGUGGGGGCAUGCACUUUUUCUGGCCAGCAAAAUGGGCAGCAGAUCCUAUACCACAGUAUUGAACAGGUUCACAAACCAGCUAGUAGCAAAUGAUCCCCUCCAGACUCUCUUCCAGCUUCUGUCUGGGAGAGUCCCAUCUGCAUCUAUGUGCUGUGGAAACGGAAAAUGGGGCAACUGGAGGCCCCAUCUGGCUGUGAUGCUCUCGAAUGAGACAGGAAAUCCUGCUGUACAACAGAAAGCCAUCCUCACCAUGGGGGACUCACUCGCUUCCAGGGGCCUAAUACAUGCUGCCCAUGUGUGUUACCUGACAGCCGGCACUUCCUUUGGGAUCUUUCCACAGAAGGCAGAGAGACUUGUGCUUCUAGGCAGCAGCCACAGGCAGUCUUUCGGAAACUUUGCUUCAAAUUCUGCCAUCCAGUGUACUGAGUUAUAUGAGUACUGUCAGACGCUUGGAGGAAAAUCAUUUGCAAUCCCAUCCUUUCAGGCGUAUAAGUACCUGUAUGCCAGUCGGCUGUUGGACUGCGGGCUUUCAUCCCAAGCCUUCCAUUACUGUGAGGUGGUAGGGCAGGCCAUUCUCAGGCAGAGGAAGCCUGACUAUGUGCUGACAGAGGAGGUUAUUAAACUGUCAGACAGACUGAGGUUCUCAGAGGGUCAGUACAGUGAAGCAGGGCUUAGUGGAGCAGCACAGGAACCAGAGUGGCUCAAACACCUUCGGACACGACACCAACACUUACAGAUGGGGAAUUAUGACUGUACUGAUAUGAAACAGUUAGCUACCCCAAGUCAUGUUUUGGCGCAGAAGGACAGCCAACUGUAUCCAGACUCUAAUCUGGAUGAUUUAAGUUCUCAUAAUCAAGGUCCAGAGCCUGAGGUCCUUUAUUUUAGAAGCUCUGAGCACCAAGGCAGCCACAUCCAUGAGACCAGAGAAGAGACAGGAGAAAUGACAGUAAUGUCAAACAGUGACACAAAAACACAGCACAGGCCUCAUGCCAAUACUCCCUCAAUGCCAACAAUGGUGGUUCAUACUCCCUCUGUGCCUAUGAGCCAAAACGUCAGUCAUCAUUACACAGAUGGUGUUGAAGUCAGAAGUUCCAUGCCAAAUUGUCCAGCUGAUGAGGCAGACACAUCUUCUGAGGCUGGGAUGCAGAUGCUUGAAGUUACCUUCAGUCACAAUCAAAACCAGCAGGUCAUCACUGGGACUGUGGAGGAGUCUGAGGGGCCCCAAGAGGUUCCUAAACAGAGCACAAAAACAGGGUGGUUUGGUGGCUGGUUCAAAUCUAAGCCAAAAGAUGCCCAAAGGGAAAAUAUAGAGACUGACGUCCCAGCUCAGACGAACCAACUCCCACCUAUUGGCAGCCAUCCACCUCCUCCACCUGCUGUUCUCUCCCCUGGUACAUUUCCACCCUCCCCUUCCCCUGCUGGGAUAAAUCCUUUCUCAAGGAGAGCAGGCCAGCAGCCAAGGUAGUAAAAGCUGCAUAGCUCCAUAACAGAUUGGUUGAUUACACUAAAACCGAAGUAAGGCCUUUCAAUUGUUAAAAGUGCACAUAUUCCUAAUGACUGAGCUUAGGGUAGCCUCAGUAAGAACUGCAUACUGUUUACUUGCACAGAUAUUUCUUUUUUAGGGGUGUCCUUUUAAAACCCUAUAGUGGACUCACCAUCAUGUUGCAUGCCUGGGGCAGAAAUACUAGCAGCUCAUAUUGCACUGGCCAAAACAGCAGAGGUAUGCUUCCUGAAAGCUGAUGGUAGGGAAAUCAUCACCGGCUGCAGGACACACUGGGGGAGCAGGACAGCGUCACUGACCCCAGCGACUGUUCUUACACCGAAGAGGUGACUGGGAUCAGUUUUAUCAGCAACAAAGAAGCACAUUUCAUGUGGCAGAGAAAAUUGGAGCCAACUUUAACAGCACACUGGCUAAUGAUUUAAAUUGUGCACACAAUCAAACUGUACCUGAUUAUUAGUCUUCUGAAUGUAUGAAAGAGCUGCAAAAUGCACCAACCAAGCUUCCUGAAAGAAAUCAAAUGGAAUAGUGUGUUCCCAUGUCAUUAUGCUGCCAACAUCUCUGUCCCCACCGGACAAACAUUUACAGAACCAAACUGUUUAUGUAUUGUUCAUGCGAGACAGGACUGCAUUACUUAUAUUCUCUGGUAUACGUCUGUAUAGCCAAAAAACUCACUAAAAUGCCUAUCACAGAACUACAUUUACUUUUAGGAUCACUUGUUUUAUAACUUUGUUGUCUUGCAAAACUCUCUUUAUUUAGAUAAGAUGUUUUAAGUCAAGCAAUGAGGUUGGGUUUUUAAAUUAUAUUAGCACCUACUGCACAUCAGUUACAGGAGAAUUAUUUGUCUCUCUAAUAUUAAAAAACUUUAAAAACUGUA